AAGGCACCACCGCUAAACCAUGAUCCUAACUAAGACGAGAAAAAAAAAGGGCAAGGGAGGCUGAGGCGCGGACGACGGGGUUCCAUAUUAUCGGCGACAAUGGACACGUGUGCGGUGAACUCUAUAAACGAUGUCGCGUGGCAGUUCACGCAGUGUCGUGUGAAGAAAGAACUAAAAUGGCCUAAACAACCACGUGGCCGUUACAUGUUUGAACAAUAAAAAUUUUCCCCUUCAAAUUUGUACUUCUACACACGCAAUAAAUCCGCAAUCUCAUACCAAUUUUCCUUUUCUUCUUCCUCUCCCCAUUUGCGUAUCCUUUCAUUAGAAUAUCCCUCCCUUCAAAUAUUUUUGAAAUCCUAGGGUUUCACAUUCCGGAUCCCAAUCCGCGGUUCUAGCUGCACUUGUAUUUCAGAUUUUCUCAAUUUAAUCAGAUUAUUAGGUAUCUCGAUUUUUUUUUGGGGGUUACGAUGCCGCCAUUUUUGUCGACCUCGAAGGCCCUUUGCUCCUUAGCAUCGCGCAAAAGCGGUGGUAGUCAAUUGAUUAGGUCUAGCAAGAGCAGUGGGAAGCACGAUGGAUGCAGAUGCAUCACUACAGCCAUUACCGGCGGCCAUCACAAUCAUCCUUCCGUCUCUCGCAUCGGCUUUUCCUCUCUCAUCGGAGGAUCGUGCAAUAGCAAUAAUCAUUAUUAUAAUUAUAAUGUUGUUCAAUCAAGACGGUUUCUUGGAUGUGGAGAUGGUGAAGAAGGUAUUCUAUCCAGAACUUACGAGGAGAGGCGCGUUUUGGGGUACUCUACAGAGCAAUUAUUUGAAGUUGUUUCUGCUGUUGACUUCUAUCAUGGUUUUGUCCCAUGGUGUCAAAGGUCGGACAUACUUAGACACUAUCCAGACGGAUCAUUUGAUGCUGAGUUGGAGAUUGGAUUUAAAUUCCUCGUUGAAAGUUAUGUUUCUCAUGUUGAAUUGGACAAACCAAAGCGUAUAAAGACAACUGUGUCGCAGAGUACCCUGUUUGAGCAUUUGAUAAACAUAUGGGAGUUUAACCCUGGCCCUGUUCCAGGAAGUUGCGAUCUUUAUUUCUUGGUGGAUUUUAAGUUUCAGUCUCCACUUUACAGACAGAUUGCAUCGGUGUUCUUUAAGGAGGUAGCCUCUAGGAUGGUUGGUUCAUUUACUGAGCGUUGCCGUUUGAUAUAUGGACCGGAAGUGCGGGUCCUUGAAAACUCGUAUGGAAAAAGGGCAUAAAGUUCUGCACCAGUUUCUUGCCUUGAAGAACAUAAUAGUUGAGGUCAAUUUAUAGUCUCUGCAUCAAUUGGGCGUAUUUUUAUUGUUUGGCAGCUCAAUGCUAAAUGAUUGAUCAUUUCUCUUUCUAAUCCCUAGUGAUUUUUGUAAUUUACAUGUAGAUGAAUUCUACAAAAUACUGCGAACAAUCUCGAAGUUUUUGGACCUAUUUUCAGAGAAUACCAAAUAAUUAAUGGUAAAAGAAUGAGUCACAUUCAAAGAAACCUCAAUACAUUUAAAAGUAAAAAUAAUAAAAUACUUGCCGCAAAAACCGCUGUUCAUGAUGUAAAUAUGACAAACCCUUCUGUAGUUUUGUAUUCUACUAGCAGAACAUCUGUAAAAUACUUGAGAUCUCGUAUAUAGUUUCCUGCUUUCCCUCUA